AUGAUAAAAGAAGCUUUUGGGGUUAGAGCACUGCUUUCAACUGACGCAACCUCCGGGGUUAGAGCACUGCUUUCAACUGACGCAACCUCCGGGGUUAGAGCACUGCUUUCAACUGACGCAACCUCCGGGGUUAGAGCACUGCUUUCAACUGACGCAACCUCCGGGGUUAGAGCACUGCUUUCAACUGACGCAACCUCCGGGGUUAGAGCACUGCUUUCAACUGACGCAACCUCCGGGGUUAGAGCACUGCUUUCAACUGACGCAACCUCCGGGGUUAGAGCACUGCUUUCAACUGACGCAACCUCCGGGGUUAGAGCACUGCUUUCAACUGACGCAACCUCCGGGGUUAGAGCACUGCUUUCAACUGACGCAACCUCCGGGGUUAGAGCACUGCUUUCAACUGACGCAACCUCCGGGGUUAGAGCACUGCUUUCAACUGACGCAACCUCCGGGGUUAGAGCACUGCUUUCAACUGACGCAACCUCCGGGGUUAGAGCACUGCUUUCAACUGACGCAACCUCCGGGGUUAGAGCACUGCUUUCAACUGACGCAACCUCCGGGGUUAGAGCACUGCUUUCAACUGACGCAACCUCCGGGGUUAGAGCACUGCUUUCAACUGACGCAACCUCCGGGAGCACUGCUUUCAACUGA